GCUGCACUCAGCGACACUGGAGCCGAAAAGGCAGCCGAGCAAACAGGCUCCUCUCCCACUCCUCAGUCCCCUCGCCGCUCAGUCCCUCGCACUCGCAGGUCGCAGUCUCCCAAAUCUCCCGUUCCCUGGUCCGCUCGUCGGUGCUCAUGACUCGUGAGCAUGGUGGUGCUACAUGAUACAACAGGGAAGAAGAAGGAGGCGGUUGUGUGCUAUAUGGAUGCCCCUUUACCGUACGCAAUCGAAGAGAAUUUUGGGGGAUGCUUCUUUGAAGAUGAUGUUGAUCUUGCACUAGUUCUUCAAGAUCAGGAAAUAGCAUAUCAAUUACUUCAAGGAAAUGAUGUUAGUGGUUCAUCUAGGACUCAUUCUUAUCCUAGUUCUAGUUGUGGUCAUCAGCGGACAUCGGGUGAACCAAAAUUAAGAGGAGCUGCAAAUUAUGAGUCACAGCUAGCUGUCGAUGAAGCUUUAGCUAGAGAGUUGCAAGAGAUAGAAGACCAAAUUUCUAAUACAUCAAUUGGUGGCAAUAUCUUAAAAGAAGGAAGAAAGCCAGUACGUUCUUCAAUACCCAACCAUGGCAAUACUUCUGCAAGCAGAACUCCUCAGGUAGUAACGGAGGAUAGCAUCGAUCCUGACAAUAUGACUUAUGAGGAGCUGCAGCAAUUAGGGGAAACUAUUGGUACACAAAGCAAAGGUUUGCCAGAAGAUGUGAUAGCACUCCUCAAGUCUUCAACAUACAAAAUUAGGAUAUUCUCAAGAAAGGAAAAACACGAUGAAUGUGUGAUAUGCUGUAUGGCUUACAAGAACCGAGAUAAGCUGACUACAUUGCCCUGUGCGCAUCAGUACCAUCAAACUUGUGUCGCCAAAUGGUUGAAGAUCAAUAAGGUAUGCCCCGUUUGCAACAAGGAGGUUUUUGGGUCAUAAAAGCGAAGAUUGCAGAUUCAUCUGAUGGUCAGCGUCUA